AUGUCGCCCAUCCAUGCGAUUACACUGGACAAUGUCGACGAGAUAGUCGAGAACUUGUAUCUCGGUGGUAUAACUGCAGCCUACGAGACCGAAAACCUUGUGGAGCAGGGGAUUCGGGCUGUGGUCUGCUGUGUCCGCGAGACAGAGUUCCCAAGCUACGACUUCAACAAGCAGAUUCAUUACUUCCGCGUCGACGUGGAAGAUGUCUCCAUCGAGCCCAUCGAGUACUUCUGGCCAGAGGCGAUGCAGUUCAUUCAUGAGCAUCACUCCAAGGGCCUGCCGGUUUUUGUGCAUUGCCGUGCUGGGGUUUCGAGAAGUGCCUCCACUGUGAUUGCAUACCUCGUUAGCCAGCUGGGCUUCACUUUGAAGGAUGCCUUCUUGCUGGCCCACAAGAAGAGGCCGGUAGUCACGCCCAAUCUUGGCUUCAUGGACAAGCUUUGUGAGCUGGAGAAGUCGAUCACGGGGACUUCGAGCAUCGACCUCUUCAAGUACGAGAGCUGGUGGAGCGGCUCCCACAUGGCAGAAGUGCCUGACGUGGGCAUCGAAGAUCUCGAAGAGGUUGAGAAGGUGCCGGCAGCCUUGCCUUCGUCUCCCAGCGGUCGCUCCAGCGCGGCCCAGAAGCUCCAAGCCGCCAAUCGAAAGCUCAGGAUCCUCCGGGCCAUGUCUGACCUGGAGCAUCAAAAGCAGGUGCUCCUGGACCUUCCCGACUUCGACGGAGACCCGGUUCAUAGGGAGCGCAUCGAGAGGAUCCGAUCCCUCCUCAUCCGCCAAGCGGCUCACGACCCGGAGUUGGGCUACUGCCAAGGUAUGCACCUCACCGCCGCCAUCUUCGUGGCUGCCUCUGAGUCUCAGGGGGAGGCCUACUGGCGCUUCCACGGCUUCACCACGGCCCUCCGGGGCUUGUGGCUCGGAUCAAGCAGCUUCCCUCUCCUGAGGAGUGGCUGCGCCUGCUUUCAGGAGCUUGCAAAAGGGAGGCCUUGGUAUCAGCACCUCAUGGCCUUGAAGCUUGAUCUGAAUGUGUACCUCGCGCAAGCCUGGCUCGGGCUUUUCGGUCUCUGGCUGCCCUUCUCAGUCCUGGUUCAAUCCAUUCAGCUCUUGGAGGGGAGCCACAUGGCGGGGCUCCUGGCGAUGACCUUGGCCUUGCUGGAUCGGCGCAGCGACCGCUUGCAUGAAGCCCAAACAGAGGAUGCUCUUCUGAGGGUGCUCUCGAGCAAGGAGGACAUCUCGGCCCGGGAGAUCUUGCGAGAGACGCGGAAGAAUCUAGCUGAGGCCUCCAUCGCGCUGAAGCACAACACAGACGAAGCGGAGCUCACCCUGACCAUGCGAAACUCAAGAGUCUUCUCCGAUGAGCAGAAGAUCUUGGAAGGCUUACCAAGCUUGUCCGAGCUGGUUCUCCAGGAACGGGUCGAGCCUGACGUGACGGAGAUUGCGCCCCUACCCCGGCAGGACAUUUCCUGUUGGUCCUGCUUGGAAGCAUUCCGGAAGCCCAGAGAAAGCCCCCAAGUAGCGAAGCGUGCCAGAGCUAGCGUCCACGACCAAAACCAAGAGUUGGCAAAGAUGCGGAGCUUCACUCAUGCAACCAUCAGGCACGAGGCACGGCAGCGCCUGUCUCGCUUGAACUGGGCUGAUCAGACGCGCUGCCGCACUUCGCCGACGACUGGAGAUCUGGAAGAUUCGCUCCGCAGCUCCCAAGAUCGGCUCCUUGGUGCUCGGUGCAGAGGUAGAAAGUACAGGGUUUGGGAUUUCCUCAGCCUACAGCUUCGGGCAUGUUCAGAGGCUCCCGCCUUGCUCUUCGAUGCCGAGUUCGAAUGUGGAAGCCUCGGCCCAGUCACGCGCAUGACGGCCAGGGAGUACGAGGUGCAGCUACUCUCUGAUGCUGGCGGUGGUUAUGUACAGUGGUUCUGCUUCCGGGUCAGAAAUAUGCGCGUUGGGAUGCCCUAUACCUUCCACCUCACGAAUUUGGUAAAGCCAGGAAGUCUCUUUGACGAUGGCUGCCAGCCUGUUCUCUUCUCGCGCCGGAGGAUGGAAGACUGUGGCGUCGGUUGGUCCCGGGAAGGAACCGACGUGGCCUACUACCCAUGUGGUUUCGGCGCUGGAGCUAGGAAGCACCACUGCGUUACCUUCGACGUGGUCUUCCCCUUCGAGGAG